AUGGGCAUUUCGUAUUCACAAACGCAAGGAGAAGGCGACCAUGGGGCGGCGCACCUGAAGUUCCAAAAGGCGAGGUCCUGCGUGGAGAGGCUCUCGUGGCGGCGCGAGUACGGAUUGCCGCGCAGGUUGGCCAACCACACGUCGUACCCCUUGUCCGCCAGCAGGAAGGCUGCAACAACAGCAACCGCCUCCACCUCCGCCGCCACCAACAUCACGUCCACCAUCGCCACCACCGCCAUCACCGCCGCCACCGCUCCUGCUGUCACCGCCGCCGCCGCCACCGCCGCCACCGGCCGUGACAUCCUCGCGAGGCGCCAGGAAUGGGAGCGACGCGCGGCGACGGCGGCGGCGGCGGCGCCCUUGCGGGGAUCCCAGCGCGAUUAA